AUGAUGGGAUCGUUGUUCGUGGAAAAGUGCACACCUCAGUUGUACACACAGGGAGCUCCGCAGCAGCACACAACCGCGAGGAUGAGCUCAAGUGUCCGUGAUCCGCCGCAAGCCACCACGUGCUCCACCGCUACGCCAGAGCACCCUGUUGUGGAACUUCAGCCAGCCCUUCGCCAGCGUACUAUCACCUUCUGUUUCCCUGGCCCCAGCUCGCUAUUGUCCACAGGAGCGGCGGCGGCCGCGGAGGUCGCGGACGAUGGCAAUGAUGAGAGCAUCCGUGUGGUGCUGCACCUGUCGGUUCGCUGCUUCGUCGAUUACGUGCUUCUCUUCGUGACGGAGGAGCAGACGUGUGCGCCCGGUGUCCUUCUCCGCUACGACGCGCCGGCUAUCGGGCCCGGCGCGUUCAUGUAUGAUGAUGAGACGCCGUCACUCGACUUCGCGGUUCUGCUCGGCCUCCGCGACCACCCGCUGACGAACCUUCUCGCGAGCGCUAUAGCGCACCGCAUCCGUCGCUACGGUGAGACAAGACCACUGCUGAUGGGGCUCAGUGUCGUGCAAACGGCGAAAAAGUUGAACAGCAGCCACGCCAAGAAGCUCUUUCUCGACAGCGCGGCAUCGAACCUGCUCGAACUGGCGGGGGAGGUACAGUCACCGUCAAAGUGA